AUGGACGCGGGAAGAACUCUCUUGAGAGCUUCCAGGUCCCGGCCAGACACACGGCGAAGGUCGGCGACAGCUCGCUCGCGGCGGGAGCUGGGGAGCCGAGCAGAGGAGGAGCACGUGGAGACGGGUUCCAGUGACGCAUCUUCUGCAAAACCUGCGGAGAAAACCAGCGGAUUGAAGACAGAGACAGAGACAGGUCAAGGGAAUCCGGGUAGCCAGGACUUUAAAUCUGACGCUGAAACGGACGCUGACGUCUCGCAGCUGUGUGAGAAGACAAGCUUCACAGCGGUUAGGAUGCCGCCAGGUAUUUAAGAGUCUGCCCCACGAACACAAGUGGAUAGGAGGAAAACGAGUCCAUAUUUUUCAAGUAAAUACAGUAAAGAAGCUCCCAGCCCACCUAGAAGGAAGGUCUUCAGAAAGUGGACUCCUCCACGUUCUCCUUUUAAUCUGGUCCAAGAAACGCUUUUCCAUGAUCCGUGGAAACUUCUCAUUGCAACCAUAUUUCUCAAUAAAACUUCGGGUAAAAUGGCGAUUCCUGUGCUCUGGGAGUUCCUGAAGAAGUAUCCUUCUCCCGAAAUAACCAGGACUGCAGACUGGAAAGAAAUGUCGGAGCUGCUCAAACCUCUUGGCCUCUAUGAACUCAGAGCGAAAACGAUCGUCAGGUUCUCGGAUGAGUACCUGAGCAAGCGCUGGAAGUACCCCAUCGAGCUGCACGGCAUCGGCAAGUCCGGCCACGGCGCGCUGUCCUUCCGCUGCGCUGGGGUUUACCUAUGGAUCCCCUUGGAUUGA